AUGGGUAACACUGACAACAAGGAUGAUGCAGUUAUCGCACAGUCUGAAGCAGCGAUGAAAGAGACAAUAGUGCGAUCAUAUAUUGGUUGGGCUGUUGCGAUUUUCUCGAUAACCGUUAUGAUCCUGUAUUUCUUCUGCCGUUACGGGACGGCUCAGGUUAAGAAGUGGGUGCGGAAGCAGAUGGGGUUCGUGCAAGAACAAGCCUUACAAAUGACUCAAGCUACCAGAGCCAGCUUCCGAAGAGCUCACGACUCGCACAAAAUGGCCGACUAA